UAGACCGUGGAGCAAAAGAUGGUUUCAGAGAUCAAGGUUGAAGUCAUUCACAAGGAAACAAUUGAACCAUCCUCUCCAACUCCUCACCACCUUAAAAAAAUCAACCUCUCUGUUUUUGAUCAGUUUCAAUCAGAAAUUUAUACCCCACUACUUCUCUUCUACCCCAGUACUAGUGAUGAGGGCAACAUUGAUCACAAAUCUUUGUUUGCUGAAAAAUCCAAGCUUCUAAAGAGAUCAUUAUCUGAAGCCCUCACUCACUUUUACCCCUUUGCAGGGGAAUUCGUAUAUAAUGCCUCGAUCACCUGCAAUGACCACGGGGCUUUAUUUCUGGACGCCCAAGUCAACUGUCCCAUAUCGAAGAUUUUGGAGAAACCCGAUUUUCAGGUCCUAAAUCAAUUUCUUCCAACUGCUAUAGAAUCCAAACAAGCCGAAGCAGGCUAUAUUCUACUAGUUCAGGCCAGCUUGUUUGAAUGUGGUGGAUUGGCAAUUGGAGUCAGCAUUCUACAUAAGGUCGCCGAUGCCUCUACCCUCAGCGCAUUCAUCAAAAGAUGGGCUGCAAUUGCACUUGGCUCGGCAAGUACUACUGAUCAUGUAGAAUUUGGUGUUGCAGCUUCUCUUUUCCCUCCCAUGGAUUUCUUCAGCUCACCCCAGUUUUCAAUAAUACUUUCUAACAAAAACUGUAUAACAAAGAGAUUUGUAUUUGAUGCCUCAAAGAUUGCUGCUCUCAAGUCCAAAGCUGCCACCACAGUGCCAAACCCCACACGGGUUGAAGUAGUGUCUGCGCUCAUUUGGAAAUGCAUAAUACAAGCAUCCAGAUCAAAAUUGGGUGUUAUAAAGCCAUCUAUGUGGUGUCCGGUUGUGAAUAUGCGCAAGAGAUCGCUGCAGGGCUUGGCAGAAAACAUAUUGGGGAAUUUUGUGUGGGGGUUUGCAGCAAUGGCAAUGGAAAGUGAGGUAAAAUUUGAAAGCUUGGUUGUUAAACUCAGGAAAGGCAUUGAGCAAUACAAGGAAAAGUAUCCGAAUGGUGUUACUGGUGAGGAUAUAUUUCAAGCCAUUAAAGGGUCUGGCAACCUCGCGGAAAGGGAUGAUUUAGAAACCAAUACUUGCAGCAGCUGGUGCAGGCUUCCCUUGUACGAAACCGAAUUUGGAUGGGGAAAGCCGUCGUGGGUGAGUACUCGUAGUACGUUCAAGAAUACAAUUAUGUUGAUGGAUUUGAGCGAUGGGGAAGGCAUAGAAGCGUCGGUGACGUUGAAAGAAGAAGACAUGACCAUAAUUGAAAGCAAUGAGGAGCUGCUUGCAUACGCUUCUCUAAAUCCAACUGUCAUUUAA